UUGAAGCUGGUUCGUCAACCGCUAUGUAAAACAACAGGAGAAGAAGAUGAUGACGAUGACCUCCGCUCCAAUCACAUUUCAGUGUUGCCAUACUGCAAAUCCUCUUACCGGAUCUCCCAAUGGCUGGUCAAGAGCGCGAAGUAGCUUUCAAAAAGGAAACCAUCAGCAAACUUUUGACGUUGUUCUUCAAAGACGAGAAAAGCAAAAUCAGCAACGACACUGCGAGUCUCAUGGCUGAGAUGCUGAGAAUUUUUGUUAUUGAAGCAACUCGCAGAGCAGUAAAGCAGGCAGAAAAUGAAGACUGUGUUGGUGUUGAUUUGGAGCAUGUUGAGAAAAUUUUGCCUCAGCUUCUUUUGGAUUUCUGAUUCCCAUCUGAGUGCCAUGUGUCCCAGCAGUGACAAUAAACUGAACUUUUUUGGUCAGCCAAGCAACAUUAUUGCAACAAGUGCAGAAGCAUCUUGCACAAGUGUGUGUUUGUUUGUUUGUAUGUGUAUAUAUAAUGUAAAUGUUGAUGUAUGUAAACAAAAAAUCUGAUUAUUAUCUAUUAAUAAACUAAAUCUUAUGUA